AGCACCUUCACUGUAAAGUGUAAACCCCCAACUCAUAUCCUUAUCCCCUUCGGUCUGUUCGGCACUAAACCCUCCACAGUCCACAUCCUCCCUCUCCUCCUCAUACAUGUUCAUGUUCCUCUCCCUCUCCUCCCCGUUCCCCCUCUCGCCCUCCCUUUCUCUUCCUAGGCCCCGUAUCCACCCACCUCUCCGCCAUCACCUCUCACCUUUUCUCCGCCAUAUAACCACAACCAAUCUCACCCCUUUUGCCGUCGGACGCGAUGGCAAAUACUAUCCAAACCCAGCCGACGCUGACCCCCCUGAAGCACCCGAAGACACCAUGCACGGUGUCUCUAAGUUCAAACAACUCGACCUUAGAAUUGCCCGUGCUCGCAAAGCUCAAGAAGCUCAGUUUGAACAAGACCAAUCAAUUUUUCUCAAAGCUAUAGAAGACGUCGAAGACGCACCUGAUGAACCUGUUUCUGGGGCUAAUGAUGAUUCCGAGGGAGAUUUGUAUUCCGAGAUUGAUGAUUCUAUUGCUUUGAAGAGGAAGGAGUUCGUUAAAAAAGGGUUGUUGAAGCCAAAUCCAAAGAAAGAAGAGUCAAAGGAGGAGGAAAUCGAUGAAGUAGUAGACGAAUUGCAGGCUCACGAAGAAGAUGAUCUUGAGGAAAUUGAAGAACUUGAAGAACUGAAAGCAAGCGGUGAAGAUUCAGAGGUCGAAAACUCAGAUAUUGAGUUAGAUGAUGAUCUGGGCACCGGUGAUUCAUCAUAUAAAUCUCCAUUCGGUGCUGAAUUUGAUGCUUUUCGUAAAGGAGAAGUCCGAAUUGUAGAACCCAAAUGUAAAAUGACAUUAGCCGAGCUUUUAGACGAGAGUAAAGUCGUGCCCAUUUCAGUUUUAGGUAAUUUAGAGAUUGAAAUCACAGGCAUCCAACACGAUUCAAGAUUAGUGGAGCCCGGUGACUUGUUUGUAUGUUGUGUCGGGAAAAAAACGGAUGGACAUUUGUUUCUAACCGAGGCUGAUAAACGAGGGGCUGUUGCAGUUGUAGCUAGUAAAGAAAUAGACAUUGAGGAAACUUUAGGGUGUAAAGCGUUAGUUUUAGUUGAAGACACAUCCUCCGUUUUAGCAACUUUAGCAGCUUCAUUUUAUAGACACCCUUCAAAGAACGUUGCUGUAAUUGGUAUCACGGGUACAAAUGGAAAGACAAGCACCGCAUAUCUGAUAAAAGGAAUGUAUGAGGUGAUGGGUUUAAGAACCGGGAUGAUAACAAAUGUAGCUCAUUAUGUUCAUGGUGAAAACCAAUUAGAGACAAAAAACACAAUCCCAGAUGCGGUUUCCCGCCAAAAAUUAAUGGCUAAGAUGAUCCAUAACGGGGCGGAAGCUUUAGUCAUGGAAGCUUCUUCUCAAGAGCUCGCUUCCGGAAGAUGUGAUGAGGUUGAUUUCGAUAUUGCGGUUUUCACGAACCUAAGCGGGGCCGAUGAAGAGUAUAGGAACGCUAAACUUAAGUUGUUUGGUAGAAUGGUGGACCCGACACGUCAUCGGAAAGUUGUGAAUAUUGAUGACGAAAACGCCCCUCUGUUUAUCGCACAAGGGAAUCAAGAUGUACCUGUUGUGACGUUUGCAAUGGAGGACAAGAAAGCGGAUGUGCAUCCGUUACAGUUUGAUCUUUCUCUCUUUGAGACACAAGUUUUGGUGGAUACCCCUCAGGGUAUUUUGGAGAUUUCAUCCGGGCUACUCGGGAGACAAAAUGUUUACAAUAUUCUUGCGGCUGUUGCGGUUGGGAUUGCGGUUGGGGCACCUUUGGAAGAUAUUGUGAGGGGGAUUGAAGAGGUUGAUGUUGUGCCUGGUAGAUGUGAGUUGAUUGAUGAGGAACAAACUUAUGGAGUGGUUGUUGAUUAUGCAAAUACUCCCGAUGGUUUAUCAAGGCUUCUUGAUAAUGUUCGUGAACUAAAUCCAAAAAGAAUUAUCACAGUUAUCGGUUGUCCCGGGGAGACUGACCGAGGAAAACGACCGGUGAUGACUAAGAUCGCGACAGAAAAGAGUGAUAUUACUAUGUUGACAUCAGAUAAUCCAAGGAAUGAGGAUCCACUUGACAUAUUGGAUGACAUGUUAGCGGGGAUAGGAUGGACUAUGCAGGAUUACUUUAAGCAUCAAGAAAACGACUAUCAUCCCCCACUUAAAAAUGGACAUAGAGUUUUUCUUCAUGAUAUUCGAAGGGUGGCUGUACGUUCUGCUGUUGCCAUGGGGGAGGAGGGAGAUGUUGUUGUGGUUACUGGGAAAGGGCAUGAGACAUAUGAUACAGUUGGUGAAACAACAGAGUUUUUUGAUGAUAGGGAAGAGUGUAGAGAAGCUUUGCAGUAUGUGGAUGAAUUGCAUCAAUCAGGGAUUGACACCAGUGAAUUUCCAUGGCGGUUGCCUGAGAGCUACUAAACAAAUUUAUAAUCCGAUAGGCUUUCUGAAACAGUGGGUUGCAGGGUUCACCGGUUUAUUUGUUAUAUGAUAUAUGAUGAAAUAGAUGUUUGGAGGCAACAAACAAGGUCCUAUCCAACAUCAGGUGAAUUGAUUGCUGGGAUGUGUUGUGUAAUAUGUCAAAGGUGCAGUUUUGUAGAAAUGAACUUUGUUUGGUUAGAGAUGAUGUAAUAAUGUAUUGUAGGAUGUGUAAGUUGUUAGCUUGAAUAGUAUCCUUUUGGGCCUUUAGGAUAUAUUCGUUUCUCAAGUUUAGAAAGAGAUGGAGAUUAUUGAUUAUAGCAGCAUGCAUGUGUAGAUUUUGUUCUGGUCCAAAGAGUUUAUAAUUGAAUCUCGAGGUUAGAGGAA